GCCACAGCCCCCUUACCAAAUUCAUAUUUUCUUUUUAUUAAUUUCUUCUCUCUCAGCUCAACUCUUGCUUCUCUGUUGUUUACGAUUUGGGUUUUUUCUUCAAAAUCAUUGUUUUUCGUGGCUUAGCUUGGAUUCUGAGUGGAUCUACUUUGAUCUUAGUCUCAAUUUUCAGCCUGUUAUGGUUGGAAAUGGUCUUGAAACUUGUUCAAUCUGAUCAUCUUGAGAUUUUUUGAGAGGUCUGAUUUUACAUUUGGAGGAAGUUGGGUUUUUGAUAAUCUGAAGUGUUUUUCUGGUGCUGUUUGGUUGCUUGAAGCCCGAUUAUUCCAGAGAUAUUGGAAAGUACAAAGAUGGGUUCUUUUUGCUGCUGUCCAUGUGUUGAUGAAUUGGAAGAGUACACUAUUCCGACCUUUUCAUUAUAUCGUCACUGCAUAUGCCUGAGGUUUCUCUUCCACCAGCUAUUCAAUGGGUCUGGUGCAGUGUUUCACAGACUUGAAGGUCGAUCAAUGCCUUCGUCAAACCAAGGAGCUACGUCUUUGGCAUCAUCAGGGAUUGCAACUGCUUUACCUGACAAUUCUCUGAAUGAUUCUCAGCUCGCAUUGUCAAGAUCAAUCACUUAUGAUAGUGAACAGAGAUACAGCCGCUUGCAGCGUGAUGGCUUGGUCUCUAGGCGUGACAAGUCAAUGAUUCAUUUUCAAGAAGAUCCACAGCCACCGAGAAGAAAUAUGAGCAGUUCUGGUACAGAAUCAUUGGGUUUUGGGAAGAAACAGAAUGGAGUUGAUUAUGAAGAAGAUUCUAAACUGAUCCAUUCUGAGUCCUCAGAGAAGGCUUUUGCUACUAAACUUGCAUAUGUCAAUUAUCUGCAAACAUCUGCUGAAGAUGAAGAUGUCUGCCCUACUUGUCUAGAUGAAUAUACCCCGGAAAAUCCUAAAAUCACAACGAGGUGUUCCCACCAUUUUCACUUGGGUUGUAUAUAUGAAUGGCUGGAAAGGAGUGAAAGCUGUCCAAUUUGUGGCAAGGAGAUGGAGUUCUGUGAAAGCCCUUAACCCAUGUUUACACAGUUUCAAAGUUACGGAGCUACUACUUAUAUAGAGCGGCAGUAGAAUCUGUAAAUAAAAACUCGGUACCUGUUCUUUGUACUAGCUCCUGCUUCUUAAUAGCUAUUGCUCUUUAUGUAAUGGUUAUAUGUACAUCCUAUCUUUUAGUUUAGAAACUUAAUAAUCAUGGUCAUCCUACAUCAACUGAUUGUAACAUAAUUGCAGUGGAAUCAUACUAAUGAUGGUCAAAACAUUAGUAUUUCAA